AUUCGGGAUGGUUGGUUGGUCUGUCCUUCUCCCCACCUUCUUUCUAAAAGUACGAAAGGUUUAGGCCACCCUACUCUUAUACACUGCACACUCCAGCUAUAGUCAAGGUAUUCAAGAUGGUAGGUUGGUCUGUCCUUCUCCCCACCUUCUUUCUAAAAGUACAAAAGUUUAGGCCACCCUACUCUUAUACACUGCACACUCCAGCUAUAGUCAAGGUAUUCAGAAUGGUUGGUUGGUCUGUCCUUCUCCCCACCUUCUUUCUAAAAGUACAAAAAGUUUAGGCCACCC